AUGUCUCUCUCCCUCUCCUUCCUCCUGAUCUUCUCAGCAAGCUUCUUCCACUGCUUUUCUGUCUUAAUAGGAACUCCAAACAUUCUCCCAGCAUGUGCCUCCAUUUCAUUCUUCCUGCUUUCCGACCUACUUUUUCCUACUUUUAGGAGUUUCCAUAUCAACCUGUCCAGCUUCAGCACAACUUUUUCAAGGUCCAUAACUGCAGCCUCUGAGGGCAUGUCCACUUCUGUGCCAACAAUGAGUUCUUGGCUUACGGGCGUACCGGCAAUCGUGCAAAUCAAGUAG